AUGGAUAUUGAGUACACCGAGCUUCAAGAAUGGGAGCUGCUCCACCCGAACUCACCUUUCGAUCCCGAGCUCGAUCUCAACUCAGCCAAAAAACAUAAUACUUUUGUUGAAAUUGGGCAUGAAACAGAUGCUCUUAUUCAAACCAAUUACUUCUCCAUGACUACUCCUUUUCAUGCUUAUGGUGUUGAAAAAGGCUCUGAGGAAUCAGAUAAUUCGGGUGAGUUCAGGUCUGAUGAUCAUCAAUUAGAGAGGGUAAUUGAUGUGGGUAUGCUAGACAACCCGAAAGGACAACUGGGUCUUGGUGGAAUUGAUGAGAUGGGUGGUGAAAAUGAAGUGAAAUUAAGGGAACUUGAGGUGGGUGUUGUGGAAAAUUCAAAAUUACAAGUGGGAUUUGGUGAAAUCAAAGAGAUGGAGAGUGAGGGUAAAGCCCACAUGGGUGUUGUGCAAAACUCAAUUAUGGAAGUGGAUUUUAGAGAAAUCGAUGAUAUAGGUAGUGAGACUGGGACGGAGUUUUUGCCUGAUUCUGGUGGAGUUGAACUUGGUGGUGUCAAGUUUGGGGAUGUUGAGGAGAUGUCAGAGUCUUGUGUAGAAGAAAAAGAAGAAAAUGAGACGGUUGAAGGUGAAAAGACGGAUGGAACUGUUGGAGUAGAAGUUAGUAAAGCAGGAGAGCAGAAGAGUAGUGUGGUGUGGUGGAAGGCACCAUUGGAGAUUCUCAAGUGUUGUGCGUCCAGGAUUAGGCCUGUGUGGGCCUUCUCUGUAGCUGCUGCUGUGAUGGGGUUCGUGAUAUUAGGUCGUAGAUUGUAUAAGAUGAAGAAGAAGACCAAGGGCUUGGAGCUCAAAGUUGCCGUCGAUGAUAAGAAGGUGUCUCAAUUCAUGAGUCGUGCUGCACGUCUAAGAUUUUCUGUUGUGAAGCGGGUUCUUGUGAUUCGACCUCAGCUGCCAGAAACUGGAGUUUCAGCAUGGCCUGUCGUUAGUUUGAGAUAG